AUGUAUGAGCUGUGCCUUCUUGCAGUCGACAGCACAUCUACGGCCAUUGAAUGGGCUCUGGCUUACCUGAUAACCAAUCCUCAAGUCCAAGAGAGGGCUUAUCAUAAGAUUAGCCAAGCAGCGCAGGAAGGAAAAGUUGGGUUGUUCGGUUUAGAGGAUUUGAGGAAGCUGCCGUACUUGCAAAGUGUGGUGAAGGAAACGCUGAGAAAAGAAUCAAUUGCGCCACUUGGGGUUAUUCACCAGACGGAAAAGGAGUGUAAGGUGAUGGGCAUCACCAUACCUGCAAAGUCAGCAGUCCUUUUCAAUCUACAUAACGUGUCGAAUGAUCCUGAGGUGUGGGAAGAGCCGGAGGAGUUCAGGCCUGAGAGAUUUAUGCGGAAGAAUGAGGUGAGAAUGGCAUAUCUUCCGUUUGGAGCAGGAAGGCGGGUGUGCGCAGGAAUGGACGUGGCGAGCGUGUAUGUUCCCAUCACUCUUGCCAAUUUGCUUAAAGCAUUCGAGUGGGGAUGCGUUAAGGAAGGUAGUCCUCCCGAUCUUACUCGGGAUAUUACGAACGUGCUCAUGUCCAUGAAGUAUCCAUUGGAAGCUCGAAUCACACCUCGUCCAUCCUAA